AUGGACCCAGUGCAAAAACGAAGAAUGCAAAACCGGUUGGCCCAAAGAAAUCAUCGUACUGAUGUAGGGCUCAAAAAAAGAGGAGGCCAAAUCAAUAAGAACAAUAAGAGCGAAGAGACAGGGGGAAAGCACCAAGACCAUGAGAAGGCUAGUUCCAUAAAGCGUACAGCACAGGAACAAGGAGAUUUUGGCGGAACAAGCGGAGAAAUACCCACUGGUCGACGAGAAUCACUCCCCGGCUUCCAGAAUAGGGCGAAGUACAACAACACGUAUCACCUCUAUGGCGAUGCUUUCCUCAUGCAAGAGCAAUCAAGUACGGUAUUUAGCACUGAUUGCGAAAUGAAUCUCGAUUCCGUGCUCGACAAGGAGCUAAGCAGCUAUCGCUACAACGUUCUUAGUGGGGAAAAUUUCCUAAAUGGGCUGCGUGGAGAUGAGACGAGUGCCCACCAAGAUCCGAUUCUGAGGUUUGAUGCCGACGCCAUGGAAUUGGAGUGGCUUUCACAACCGGACUCUACCAUUGACAAUCCAAUGAAUAGCACCGAGCAUCCACACAAUCAAAAGGAAAAUAAACACAGAGCUCACUACCACGAUAGAACUUCAUCCAUGAAGUCUUGCUGCUGCGGUUCCUCCGCUGCAUUAGAAAACCCCCCUCUCCAAGACUUAGUUGAUGUAAGUAGUCGCUCAUCGCAGUACCAAUACAUACUCUCCUGUGUUCAACGAGCUGGGUUCGAAAACUUCGAUUCCAUGGUCUCCGACUACUACACUUGUCAAUUUGAGAAGAACUCAGUGGCAGACCGGGCCCAGAAGACGAGCCGAGGGAAGCAUCUCUGCAGUGUUUUGUCAAACCUGCAUGAGCACUCAAGGGAGUGGACAACGUCGGAAUCGCGUGGAUUCCGAGACCAAAUUAUCAAAGCUGCGGAGGGGAUAUAUGAUGAGGAGUUUACCCGCUUUGCCCAACGACGAGAAAAGAAGACCCCCAGGAAGCAAUCAGAUCCGGCUUUUUCAAGAGAUCAGAAGUCGCUAGAAAGUAGUGGAUCGAGCGCCCACGAGGAUGGGGAUGAGGAUCACUCUCGCCUAUUAAGCGGUGGAAUACCAAAUUCAGGGACUUUGGGCGAGCUGCAUCGGUUGUAUCCAAAUAAGCUUCCAAACGUCUGGGCAUUGCUAACGGAACUGGCAGGCGCUUCAGGGGCACAAGCUGAGGCGGCCACGCUGAUGGCAACAUCCUUAUUGCACCAUACGAGGAUGGACCCAAAAGUAGAUAUAAGAUCGUUGAUGCUUCGGCUGCUGGAUUCACUAGAUGAAUCGCCUGAUAUGUGA